AUGAAGAUAUAUCAAUUAAGCACAGAUUUGAAAUGGAGAAUUGUGUUUUUACAUAUUGAUGGUUAUUCAGAUCAGAUAAUUGCAAAUAUGUUAUGUUUUAGCAUCUCAACUGUAAGAAGGAUUCUUAACUUAUAUAAAACUUGGGGAUGUGUUGAAACUCUUAUUAAAGGACAGCAAGGAAGAAGAAAAAUUAUUGAUAAGAAGGAUUUAGAAUCAUUGCAACAACUAAUUACUCAAAAUCCUGAUUUUUAUUGGAUGAAUUGGUAG